AUCAUCCAGGCACAGAUGAGUGAAUAUUCCUCAGACAAGUGUCUCAAUCCUUCAGCCACCAUACAAAAUCAGUGCAGUUCUGGCCAGAUGAGUCAUUACAGCGUUCUAGAUCUUUGGAAGAACAUAACGGAAAGUAGGAAUCAGGGGACAAACCCUCUUGCCGGGCCAAGUGAUGCAGUACCUGCUGGUGUUUGUAAUUCCAUCUCAAACAGCACCCAGAGUCCAAGCGAUGCCCCUGUGAAUGUUGUCUCUUUGAUGUCCAGCCAGGCACCGACCUCUUCAGACAGUCAAGUGUCAGAUGGAGACAAAGCUGGUGCCACACUACUGUUCUCUGGAGUCUUCUUGGGCCUGGUUGGCAUGACAUUCACGGCUAUGGGGUGGACAAAUUACAAUGUCAGUCACAGCUACGAGUGGACACAGCUUCUGGGGCCCGUUCUGCUGUCUGUAGGAGGUACUUUCGUGCUCAUAAGCAUCUGCAAGUUCCAAAUGCUCUCCUGCCUGAGCUGCAAACAGAAUGAUGGGGAGAGAACACCUGAAACGGAUCCUCUGCCGCCGCUUUCAGGACCAUCGUUUGUCUUUACUAGAUUCAAUCAGCCCAUUACCUUCCACAGGGCCACUGUGGUCCAGUACAUCCCACCACCUUACACCUCUGUAGUACCUGACCAAAGUCUGGGCCCUGUUAAUGGUUUGCAUUCCAGUCACCAGCCAUUAGCAGUCACAGUGAGCACACCGCCACAGUAUUACAACGUGUAUCCUAUGGAAAACCCCGGCUUUAUUUCCGGUGAAUACGACAACGCCACAGCAGAGCAAAGGGAAAACAGGAAUCACGGCGUCCCAAAUGAAGAGGAAGAGAGGAAAGCGAGUACAGCAGGGAGCGCUUCUUCUCCACCUGCUUACGAGGAGCUUUUUGACAAUUAGUUGUUACAUUAUGUUGUUUAAAAAAAAAAACUCUCUGAG